AUGAAGAAAUAAACUGAAGAUCAACCAAUAAAACUAAAUUCUUAGUUAUUUAUAAAAACAGACUUUCUCGACAUUAAAAAUGAAAAAAAUACUAAAAGCGAAAGAAAAAGCUUUAGAAUACCUGAAAAAGUUAAAAUGGAAUACAAAACAUAGAAAAGUUUAUAAAGCAAUAAUCCUACUUUCUACUAAACAAAUAUUAAUGAUGAGACUUUAAAAGAUGGUGGAAUAAUUGAACCAAAUUCAUCAGUCAGCCAUGAAUAAUUUUUAGUUUUUUAGCCCUAAAGUUUAAAUGUUCUACCAUAAGCCUCAUUUACAUAAAUUAACGACUCUGCCAAUAAACUGAAAUACCCUUUUUAAAUGAGAUUAAGCAGAGAUGAGGGAGAAAGAAUUUCUGAUAUAAUUAUAGAAGGACUGGAAAAAGAAAUCAAAGUAAUAUUUUAGGUAGGUGGACCAAUACAAGAAGGAGGAAAGGGAUAAAUUAAAUAAAAUGGAAUUGAAUAAUAAAAUUUUAAAUAAUAGCAAUAAAAUUAAAAUUAAAAGUUAAAUGAAAAGUAGUAAUAGGAUUUAAUGUCACGCAGUCUAUAUGUUGUUAAAAACUAACCAUUAAACUUAUUAUCAACUGCAUAAUCUGAUGGAUCCAGAAGCAGCGGGUAAUAAUUGAGAAAUAUAAACGAAUAAUAGAUAAUUCCAGCAACUACAAGAAUUUAAAAUUAGCAAAGCAUAAAUAUUUCAAAAUUUGAUGAAGGUAUUCAAAUUAACUCAUAAGAUUAAUUUACAUAAAAGUAAAAUACAUUAUUAUAAAAUGAGCAUUACUCUUUUGAAGAAAGUGAUUUAUAAGCGCUAUUUGGCAAUUUGAGGAGUAGAGAGAGUAUUUUGAGACAGCAUGAUUUUUUACGUAACUGUAAUGUAUUUAGCUUUAUUUCUAAAAAUUAAUUUAAUUUAUCCAAAAUUAACGGUGAUAAAAACUAAUAAAUGAAGAGAGAAGAAGAGGAUUUUAUGGGGUUUUUAAAAAAUAGAUUAAAAAUAAGUCUGUUUUUGGUCAGCUUGUUCAAAUAAAGGAUUGGAAAAAUUUAGCAUUAGGCUCUCUUCUUCUAUAAUUAUGAAUAAAUGAAUGAUUACCUAACUAAGCUUUGUUAUAUACAAAAGUACGAUAUCGAAACUAAAUCUUUAUUUGAAGCCUUUCUUUAGUUUUUAUGGCACUUUAACAGUACAAAUACAUCAUAUUCAUCACAAGAUUAAUUUUGUUAAAUGCAAACAAGCUUUUAAAGAUACAGUUCUAUAUACGAUCACUUUAAAUUAUUUAUUUAUGGGAUCAAAUUACCGUUGCCUAGGAUUGAAAAUUAUACUGCUCAUAGGGCUGCUUUUGAUUAAAAUCUCCCUCUCUUAAGAAAAAUACUAUUGUUGAAUAAUAAACUGAAAAUUAGUAAGCCAAACGAUUAAAAUAAUUUAGACUAAAAUGUUCAAAUGAAAAAUAAAGAUUUAUUUAAUGAAGAAAACUAUUUAAAUAUCUAAUAAGUAGACUUAUUAGGCUUAAAUCCCCUUCAAUUAGCUAUAUAAAUGGAUUUGAGGGAGUCAGUUAUAGUUUGCUGUGAAAAUGGAUCUGAUACCAGAUAAAAAGUAUUCCCAAGCAUGUUAAAUGCUAUGGAAAUGGCUAUAGCAAAAAAAAAUGAAUCAAUUGUAAAAUAAAUACUUUUUGCUUAGUAAAAAGAUAAAUAAAAUUAAUGGGAAUCUAAACUUAAACAAAUGUUAUAACAAACUUUAGAAACAAUACCUGACUUUUCUUGUAGAAUGAAGUGGGAACAAGAAAGCUCUUUUUUAUUACCUUUCAUUAAAAAAUGGACACCUUAAGAUACUUAUAAAAUAUUUAAAAGGGGUAAAUCUGUUAGGAUCGAUAUGGGACUAUCAAAUUUAGAAUAGAGCAGCAGUGAUUUAUAAAAUACAUCUUCAAAAAGCGAUAAUAAAGAAAGUUAAGAUGAACUCAAAGACUCUUUCGUUAGAAAUAGUUCCACAAACUCUAAUGUUAACUAACUUAUAAAUUAAAAAAUUUUACAAUAAAAAAGCAAAAAUGUUUCUAAUUCAUAGAAUAUGCAAAAUGUUUUUAAAAAUAAAAUUACUUAAACUUUUGAAAAGCAAUCAAAUGAUGAAUAAAAAGAAAGCAAAAGCAAUAAUAAAGAGACUAAUGAAAAAGAAAAAUGGAACAAAGGUGCCUGGAGUAUUUUAUUAAAGGAAAAUGGAGACUUGCUCAUUAUUGACCAUAAUAGAUUAACGAUAAAAAAUGUUUUUUAGGAUAUUUCAGUGCAAAAAGUAGAAAACAAAUCCGAUGACCUAAUUUAAACUAAAAAAGAAAUAAAACCUUGGCAAAUUAAGGAUUUAGAUGUAAGCAGAAGUAAGAACUGA